GCAUUAACAGGGCGGUGAGUGUGCCUGAUCGCGCUUUGUCGGCGUCAUCCAGCAAAAGUUAUUCGAUGUUCACGCUGAUGAACCCACUUCGAUUUAUAUCGCCUAGGCACCAAAUAUGACCCAUCUCUAGCUGUCCAAACUACUUAAUUUCUAAUAAUUCAUAUAUCUCACUUCCUCUUAAUCCCGCACGGCCACCAUGUCCGCCCAAUCCACCGUCUACCCCUCCGACGCCCCCUCCCAGAUCCGCAUCUUCACCCUGAACUGCUGGGGCCUCAAAUACAUCGCCAAAUACCGCCACGAGCGUCUCUCAGAGAUCGGUCGCCAGCUGGCCCUGGCCGACCCAGCUCCCGAGAUCGUCGGACUCCAAGAAUGCUGGACACAACAAGACUACGAGAGCAUCCGUGAGCAGACCCGUCACCUGCUCCCCUAUGGCAAGUUCUACUUCGGCGGCGUGAUGGGCGCGGGACUCGCCAUCCUCUCGAAAUGGCCCAUUGAAGAGAGCUCCAUGUACGGGUACCCGCUCAACGGACGUCCAACGGCGUUCUUCCGCGGCGACUGGUACGUCGGGAAAGGUGUCGCCUGCGCCCGUGUACGCUUUGGUCCUGACGCCAGCGACGUCGCCGAAGUGUUCUGCACGCAUCUGCACGCCCCCUACGAGAAGGAACCGAACGAUUCGUACAUCUGCCAUCGCACCGCGCAGGCGUGGGAAAUCGCGAAGUUGAUGCGCGGCGCCGCGGAACGAGGCCACCUUGCCAUUGGACUGGGCGACUUCAACAUGGUGCCGUCGUCGUUCGCUCACCAGCUCAUUCGCGCCCACAGCCCCGUGCAGGACGUAUGGCAGGCGAUAUACCCAGACUCGUCCGUGGCCGCCCCCAUCGACCCCAUCGAACAGAAACGAGGCAAACCGACCCCGUCAGCCGAGUUCAACCUCAAUGUGAACGGCGCCACAUGCGACGGCAAAUUCAACACCUGGCGGUGGACCAAGGAGGACCGCAAACGGCUGGAGAAAGGGGAGGAGGUCGUUGUCGACAAGGAUGGUCCCUGUUCGAGGGGGAAACGGCUGGAUUAUAUCUUCGUCGGAGACGGCGGGUAUCCGCCCGCCUUCCCUGCGCCCCAGUGGUCCGUUGAGUCCGUCAAUAUCGGUAUGACGCAGCGGCAUCCCACGCUCCGUUGUUCGCUGAGCGAUCACUUCGCCGUCGAAGCCACCAUCACCCGCUCUCCUCGUCCCUCUGAUGCGGACGGCUCGACAGAUAAUAAGCUUCCCCAGUCCGUGAUUCCGAAUACAGCCCUAUCCCCAGACACUUAUGACCGUAUCAUCGACAUGAUUCACACCUAUGUUCAACGUGAGCGGUCCCAGCGCCGUUGGAGACUCGCCCACUUUAUUCUAUCCGUGUUUGUGUCCAUCGGCUGCUUUGUCGGCGUCUGGUGGACGGGGGAUCUGUCGUACGUGGCGUUUAUCUUGGUUUUGGUCAGCACCCUGAGCUUCGGGGCGGGGAUUUUGGAUGGAUUGAUUGGCGGGCUGUUCAUGUCCAGCGAGCUGCGCGCACUGAAGGAGUUUGAAUGGGAGGUGCGCAAUGCGAAAGAAUUGGUCGAGAGAAGCGGUGGAUCUGAGAAGUCGGAAUGAGUACAUGCAGUAUGACUGAAUGUCUUGGGCCUUUUGUAUCAUAUUGUCUUUCUGGUUACACAUAAUUGCUCUAAAAUGUCCCACUGUUACUUACAGGACAUGGCCAUUUACAUAUGCAUGUGGAAUACGAGUUAACGAGUUCAUUCAAAUCUCAGAACUAUCACAUAAUCAUCAUUCUCCUGUCAUCAAAACCGUAACACAAUUUGGACCACACACUCA